AUGUGCUAUAGCAGGGACUUCAUUGCACAGAAGUUCAUCCUUCCCCAAGGAGAUUACCUCCUGUUAUGCGGUUAUAGAAGCUCUCAGGAAGGGAUGGUGUGCCGCCUUGUUCCUUACUAUCUUUAUGACCAGGCAGCUGAACCUCUGAAAGAAUUUUUCAUUGAUACACAUCGAAUAAUUCUUUGUCUUACGGGAGAUGUACGGCUUUAUACCGGCGGUCAUCCGUUUGUCUUCGGCUCCACUAUGACAUUCCUUCUCUAUAGAGACAAUCCGUUGUCUAUGGUCCACUAUAUCAAUUAUACACUACAAAUUGACAUAGGCAGUGCAUUGCAGGACAACGAGCGGUACAUCACUCCAAAGUAUGCCCGCAUGAGAACAUUUACGUUGCCACAACAUCCCGAGUGGAUUCCAUGGUUCAGCUCUAUUCCCAAUCUCUUCAACACAGGACGGUUUGUUCUACUCUGGGAAGAGCCGAAACGGAACUAUUCACGAAGGCGUAAAGGAAGAACCACUGUAUUUUUACUCGAUCUACGAACUACAAAUAUGCACGUGAUUCACACAUCUUUACUCAAGUAG